GAAGCGGAAGUUGGGAUCAGUGGUUACACACAUUUCGCCCUUAUACCGUACAAUGCCCUUUCUCAAAAAGAACCACAGAAUCUGUACAGUUUCGCCAACACUCACAUAGAGAUCACUUUGAUCCAAGUUUUUAUUUGUAUUUGUGUGAAUACAUCAGUGUUUCUGAGGUGAUAUGGAGUGAUCAUUCGGCCAAUGUCAUUUAUACGUUUUAACAAAAUAAUUAAAAUUCUCACAAACCUGGUAUGAGGUCAGUGACAAUUUACAGCUCUAUUACACAAUAUUUUUCAUAUUGACACUUUAUCAAGUGUAUGGUUACAAGUGCCCUGUGACCCUAACAGAUCAAGCAUAAUAGAAAUAUAGUAUAGAAAAUGGAUGGAUGGAUGGUUACAAGUGCCAAAGCAGCUGAGAACCCCUAACUAUCCAGCUCUAAGCAGCUUUACACAAAUUCUAUCCCAUGGUUUAGUUCCCCGGUCCCAAACCUGGCUAAUUGUUAGCCAAUGUUAGCUAAUUGUUAACAGUUGAGUCUCUUGGCUCUCACUGCCAACUUAUGCAAUCCAUGGCCACACCCUAAAGUGUACGCUCAAUAGUUAACUCAAUAGUGAGCAGUAAAUCCAGAUCUCGGACACUUAUAAUCAUUUUGCUUCAUCACUGACAGUUGUUGUUGCACAACAGUAAUUUUCAUCUUUAUAAAAUGCGAGUAGCGGUAAUACACAUCUUACGGCUACUCAUCUUAACCUGCUGUGAAAAGGCUGACGCCCUGCUGUUUCCGGGCAACACAACUGCCUCGGGACAGAAUCAAAGCUUAGAUCAAACAUGAUUAAUAUUUGCCAUAGACACACUAUGUGGGAGUGGCUUAGAGUCUUAUCUAUAUAUUUUUCAUCUAGUAAGCAACCACAAUGAAAUACGCACCAGUGAGUAAAUACAGGUAAAUGUUCAGGUGCGGGUGGUACCACCACAGGCAGGGGUAGACACACACAUAAACAGGUUCAGUGAAGGACCUUUAAUGAAUAAACUGUAUAAAAACAGUCUUACUGACAGGUGAACAGACUAGCAGGCAGACAGGUACAGAAAACAGAUUACUACAAGCAGGUAGCAGGCACACGCAUAUACAAGCAGACAGUCUGACAACCGACAGGGAAAAGGGCUAGUAGAAGUACUGAUAAUUAGAAACCAGGAACAGUUUGAGAGAAACUGGGAGUGGCCAGGGAAGCUCAGGUGACUGAGAAAAAGAAAAACAGGUGAGCAAGUGGAUACUGAGACAGGAAGAAAGUCCAGGGACAUUUGGUAGGUGGGCUGAGUGUGUCAGGUGACUGUACUAGAGGGAAACAAGAGGGGAGAGCAAGUCCACAGGAGGGAAUAAGAAAGCCCAGGGACAGGUUGUAAUAGUAUUGUUGUUUGUGCAUGACAUGCAAUUUUUGAAACUGCUUGUCAAAUUAGCAGGAAGCACAAUGAUGUGCUGAAUUCUGAUAUUCACUGGUGGAUGCACAGGGGUUACAACAACAUUUAUACCAGAUACCACCUAAAAUAUGUCACAGGCCAUCACUGUUUCAGCAUUUUCAAACACUUCAUAGAUAAAAAAAAAAAGCAAGAAAAAAAGAAAUCAUAUUGGUUCCUGAUGCCCAUGUAAGAGCAGAACCAACUAUUCAAAAUUUUACUAAUGAAUGGAUUUAAAUAUUCACAUGGGUUAUGGUAUAGACUCUGGAUACAACAAAGUCUGGCUGGAAAGUUAAACUUUGAAUUCUAUACUUUAUUGGUUGCCUGGUAUGUAUAUCUAACACAAGCAAAUAUAAGCAGAAUUUUUAUGUUGCAAGGAAGCUAAAACAACAGGAACUGACGAUGCAGAAAAACUGCCUCUUCAAACUGCAGAACCUGAGCAAAUCUGUAGGUCACAACCAUGGGUGUAUUAUAGGAACUCUACAAUAUAUAUUAUAGGAACUCUAUAAUAUAUAAUGAACAAACAAAUAAAUAAAGAGUUGUCUUGAUACAGUCAUGGUUACAACAUAUUGUAACCAUGACAGCGAGUGCCAUAAGAGCUUAAGUUAGCCAUGUUAACUUUUAAUUACAAAACAAACAAAAAAAACAUUCAUGCCUGUGUACUGAUAAACAUCACUGACUAUGCAAUUUUGGAAAAUUAAAAAAAAAAAACUAUUGCAUAUGUUGUAUCUUUCAAAAGCUGUUUUUAUGAGUUAACUUAUAUAUGUAUAUAUGUGUCUUAUACAGUCUAUGGUUAACUUACCAGCUAGCAUAAAUUCAUAAAAUCUGAUUCACUUUUACAUUCUGGAACCUAGCAAUGCACAGGUAAAUAAGUCAUGAAUAAACAAACAAACAGUAAUUCAUUCUUAUUUCUUUAUCACUGUUUCAUUAUUUGUUAGAAUCCUAUAUUCUUUAAACCUGUCAAUUAUUUAACUGGGCCAUAGGAGACCUUCAGCGGUGUCCUCUUUUGUAGACCAGUCGCCUACAUUUCCCAGAAUUCCACGCCAUUGUUUAUUUGGAGUGUAGCUCAGCUGCUCGGACGGAGCACCCGGCGCCCGGCCGCCCAGCUGUUCGGCGUAUUUUUGUAGCAAUGCAGCCCUUUCUGUCUGUAUUCCUUGGCACCAGGAUGAACUGCAUGUUUGGCUGAAUCGAAGCGGUUCACGGAGAACAAAAACGGUAACAUGAAAUGGAGAUCACUCGGGCCAGACCGUCCUUGUAUGGAGAAAUCGCUCAUGGUCUUGGAUUCUGGACGGACAGGUCAGCAGUGCAUGAGGCUGCUGCACAGGGCAGGGCCCUCCAGCUGCAGCAGCUGAUAGAGGGAGGUGCAGCAGUUAACAUCGUGGCUGUUGACUCCAUCACCCCGCUGCAUGAGGCAUGUAUACAGGGACAGACCCAAUGUGUCAGACUGCUGUUGGACGCUGGUGCACAGGUGGAUGCUCGUAACAUCGAUGGUAGCACUCCACUGUGUGAUGCCUGCGCAGCCGGUAGCCUUGAAUGUGUUAAGCUUCUGUUGGAGUAUGGAGCAACAGUUAACCCUCCACUGUUUACCUUCUCACCUCUUCAUGAGGCAUGCAUGGGAGGUAAUUCGGAUUGUGUUCAGCUCAUGAUUGAUCAAGGAGCCUUCAUGGAGGCCCAUGACUGCCACUAUGGGACACCGCUUCAUGUAGCCUGUGCCAGGCAACACUAUGACUGCGCCAGAGUUCUCCUCAUUGCAGGGGCAAAUGUCAAUGCUGCCAAGCUACAUGAGACUGCCCUUCAUCAUGCAGCCAAAACAAAGAACGUUGACUUGGCUGAGCUACUUGUGGAAUUUGGGGGUAAUGUGUAUGCCAGGGAUAACCUGAACAAAAAACCUAUCCACUACACCAGUCCAGGAUCUCCCUGUUACCUCUGCCUUGAGUUCUAUGAGAAUACUCCCCUCAGUCUACAGCAGAUCAGCCGAGUGGCUGUGAGGAGGGCCCUUGGCACAAGAGCACGUGAAGUCGUUUCCAAGCUGGGUUUGCCUAAUCGCAUGAUAAGUUUUCUUUCUUAUAUGCCACCUCCAGUUAUUGAAAUUUAAUCCCUAUGAGAAACUUAAGAUCCAGCUCUAAGAGGUUAAAUCUAGACCUGUUAUAUCUUCUGACUCGGUGGAUCUCUCUCCAGAAAGAAACAGGAUGACGGGACAGGACAGGAUGUUAAAGUGGGCAGAAGCACAGCACACAGGAAAUAUCUGAACACUGUCAGACUAGUAGGAUGCAGAUUUCAUUAGAUUAAAUAAGCAGAUUAUUGAAAUGUUAUUGACCAAACUGGAAAUGGCUUAAUUUUCUCAUUCGCUUAAUGCUACAUUAAUAGAUUUUUUUGUCUACAAGGGAACAGAAAGACAAUUCUGAUGUACCACUGGCUUAUCAAGAUAUUGUGGCUAAUCUGUUAGCAAACAAUUGCCCCCAUCCAGCAUCAUCAGGAUCUCACCGGAGUCACGCUUUCUGGCCACUAAACGUUAAGUUCAGUAUUUACUCACUCUUCCCCUCUGGUCUGGUCCAGCAGCUCUCCAGAGAAAUCUCUUCACCAGUCUUUUCCUUUUCUUCAACUCUGCUGUUUCAUGCUUGGCAGGUAGUGGGAAAAUGGCUGCUUGUGGUGGUAAAGAGAGGUAAGACUCAUCCAAACAGUCUGUGUGAAGGCUUUAAGACGGUAACAGCUAGCCAUUAAAGGCCAUGCACACCAGUGGUAAACCUACACAGGUGAUUUCAAUCAUUCUGACUGAUCAGAUCACCUCUCAGGUGUGGGAAAGAACAGACUGUCCACCAAGCACAGAUUCUCCUCUUAGCUUUUUGCACCUGUUAUGGUUGGACAAACUACACUUUUACCAUGCUUAUUAGUACACAAAGUACCCUCACGUAAUUCCCACCAUAGCUCAGCACACCUUCAAUCCGAGCAGAAGUAUAAUUGGCCACAAUGACUGAACCCACCUUGAGCUGUCUGUUCUCAGAGGCUUUGGCAACACAACCUACCAGUUCACAUUACUUGGAGUCAUUUGGGUCUCUGUACGUGUCAGUAUUUUUUUUAAGCUAAAUGGAGCUUGAAGUCAGUAAAUGUGAACUUGGCUUGCUCACCAUGACCAAAUAAAUGUGAAUCUAAGUGUGAUUUCAUCAUAGAUCCUGUUAUACUUUUGUUUAACCUUGGGGGCAUAUAAGGUGGUUUGAAUAGGAUUUUAUCAUUGUAUUUAUUUGUAUAUAUAUUCUGUGACUAUUUAUUUGUAAUGUAAAUUUGUAAAUAAUACAGAUGGUUCUACCUCUAUUAAAUUUGUGUAAAUAAAUAGACCAAAA